AUGCAGCGGCGCGUGGAGGCGCAGUUCCGGCGCGACUGGACCUUCGGGUUUGCGGUCUGGAACUACUUGUUCCGGACCGCGGUCAACUUGCAGAAGAACGCUUACAUGUUCUCCGCGCCCAGCGCCGACGGCGGCAGCUACCAGUCCUUGAAGCCCGAGGACAUCGUCGCGGGCGUCCGGGAGAUCGCAUCCCGCUUGCGGGGAACCUACACGGACAUCAACGGCGAGGAGAAGCCCGUCCAAGGCGACUUGACCAAGCUGCGCUUUGCAAACUUGAAGCCCGCCGCCCGCAAGAUCCUGGCGAACGUCGAGGCCCGGGACCCACGAGGUGCGCAAGACCAUGCGCCUCCAGACCCACGCUUAUCGCGUCUGCUUCGGGACCUCGAUCUUCUUGACUUUCUCGCCUUCGGAGCCCGCGGCCUGCCGGCGCUGGACGAAGAGUUCUGCCGGCUGAGCCCCGAGGCCUUGGCGGAGAACCUGCCGAACUACGAGGACAGGACGCUGGUGCUCCUGACGCUGCGCCACCUCUUGGGGGUCAGGUUCUGCCCGCGCUGCCCGAACUGCGCGACUUCGGGGCAGCCUUGCAGCGACGCGUUCGGGAGCAACGCCGUGGCUGGCGGCGGCGUGCUGGGCAGAGUUGACGCUCCAUCGUAUGCUUCCUACACUGCCCAUGUCCGGCGCUCCGUCUACUGCGACCCGGAGGGCUGGGAGCGCGAUCGGGCCGCCGAGGCCUACCAGGCGAGCCGCCGGCUGCGGCCCGAGGAGUGGACGCGGCGACACUUGGCGGAGGACGUGGAGCAGCUGCAGCAGCGCAAGCAACAUCAUGUGCAUCUCCCUGCCGGCCCAGGCAGCAAGCGGCGGCCCCUGGCCCACUGCCGCAACCCCAAGGAUCCGACGAGGCGCAAGAGCGGUUUCCCCCGCGACCGCCAGUUGAUUCUGGGCCGAACGGCUCUGGUCUGCCGCAGCUUGGCCGAGCAGCUGGUCAAGGGCAAGCGGAGUUCUUUGGGCCUGCAGUGGGGCCCGGUCAACGACCCGAACCUCGCCGUGGGCGCGAAUCGCCAGCGGCGCUGCCCAAAGUGCAGGACCAAGUGA